CAUUUGAAUUCUGGUCUCGGUCAAUGAGAAGAAAUCAACUGUUAAUUGUUUACUCUAAUUCGGGCCAGUUAAUUGCUUCUUUAAAUAGAAUUAACCAAAAAGGAGUAACCAUUUAAUAAGAGGUUUGGUCUUUGUUGUUACAACUCAUCAGAUGUUUUCUAGUGAAUGAGUUGAUACAAUCUCGUUACAAUUUCUUUUCAUUUGAUUGUCUUUUCAUCAAUUAGUUUUUCUAUUUUUAUUAAUUUUUUCAUUUUCUAAGUUAAUCGACAAUCAAAGUUUUCUAUUUCUUCAAUUUAAACUGAUUAAAUUAUUCUCCAAUUGAUUGUUUUUCUAUUGUGGUGAAAACACCUUAUAAAUAUCUCCUUCAAUGUCUACAUUACAAAGGACUUGUUAUUUACUUUUUCUAAUUGUAUUUACAAUUAACUCUUUUCAUUUAAUUUCUCUUGUAAUUUGUAAACAAUCACAACACGAUCAUUUAUUAAGCAAUGAAGAACAUUUUUCUGAUGCAAAUCAACAUAAUCCAGCUUAUGAUCAUGAAGCUUUUCUUGGUUCCGAGGAAUCAAAAGCUUUUGAUAAUCUAAGCCCAGAAGAAUCAAAGGAAAGAUUAGGUGAAAUUGUGGAUAAAAUUGAUAUCAAUGGUGAUGGUAAAGUUUCACUUGAUGAAUUAAAGAAUUGGAUUAAAAAGAGUCAAGCUAAAUACGUUACUGAUGAUGUAGAGCGACAAUGGAAAACUCAUAGAAUUUCAAAGAAAAAUUUACUCUCAUGGGAAGAUUAUAAGAAGGCCACUUAUGGAUUUAUGGACGAUUUAGAUAAUGGUGUCAGUGAGGAAGACACUCGAGUUUAUAAUGAUAUGAUGAGACGGGAUGAGAGACGUUGGAAAACAGCAGAUGAAAAUGGCGAUGGUUCAUUAACUAAGGAGGAAUUUACUCAUUUUCUUCAUCCAGAGGAAGCUGAACACAUGAAGAAUAUUGUUAUCGAUGAGACUCUGGAAGAUGUCGAUAAAGAUGCCGACGGGAAAAUCUCUCUUGAUGAGUACAUACAAGAUAUGUACAGUGGCCAUGAUGGAGGUGAUUCCGAGGUACCUGAUUGGGUUAUCAGGGAGAAAGAGCAAUUUCAAUCAGUGCGAGAUAAAAAUUCUGAUGGUUUUCUUGAUCGUAAAGAAGUUGAGAACUGGAUUAUCCCAGAAGAUUCUGACCUAAGCAGCGUUGAGGCCAAACACUUAAUAUCUGAAUCAGAUGAAGACAAGGAUGGUUAUCUAACUAAAGAUGAAAUUCUCGCCAAUUACGACCUAUUUGUCGGAAGCCAAGCCACCGAUUUCGGUGAAGCCUUAAUGAAACACGAUGAAUUAUAAUCUCAAUCUUUUCGUUUGCAUCUCUCAAAGUGUCUUCCACUAAUCACUCGUCCAUAAUUUGAUUAAGAUCCCAAUUCAUUAAUCUGCUCCUGAUUUCUGCUAUUAAGAUGACGAUCGCAUUUAUCCAAUUAUCUCUCAGCAGCUAAAUUAUUUUUCCAUCUUGCAUCUAUUACAUUAAGUGAUUUUUUCUGGCAAUUUAAUUUCCCUCUUAUUACCAAUAUUGGAUAACCAAUUUUCUCAUCUCAUUUACAUCUCUAAUUUAGUUUUAAUUUACUUUUCUUUCUCAUCAAUAUCCUUUUCGUUUCAAGCUCUAGUCAAGCUUUGCAUCCACGUGUAACUUACAAUCAACAUCAGAAAAUUGGUAAAUCAAUCAGUGUUUCAUCAAUUAACUUUUUUUUGUUCUCUUCCCUUGUAUUCCCAUAAAAUGUAAUCAAAUUAAUCACUUAAAAUGAUUUACAUUGUACAAUUGGAAAAACAAAUUGUUCAUGGCGAUGAAAUAAAUUUUCCGCUAACAACACUAAUAAUGUAAAA